AUGAAAUGGAAUGUCACAGAUUGCUCGGAGCGAUUUAAUACCUUGGCACGUUGUAUUUUCCGUGAAAGACGCCCUUCUUUUUUGCCUCUGCUGCUUCGCCAAGUCUUCGGCUUUAUAUCUGUAUUUGGGGACAUGGCUAAAUGGGUCCAGUGGCUUCUACAUGACAGCUGCUACGAUUCACGUGUCUUUGAUGCCGCCCUGAAAAGUGCUUUUGGUGAGCAUCGUCGUAUUUUUGGUGCCGCCCGAGACGAUCCUCUUGGACCACGACGCUCCGGCCCGAAGGUUGGGGUGGUAACCACUAGCAUUUCCAGGGAUACAAGUACUUUUGUGAUAGGGAACUUCAACAGCAAGAGCUACUGCCGCCGCCCCGUUGUAGGUCGAUCCCAUGCGAUCUUUUGCCCGAGUGGAGCUAACCAUUGGAUCGCAAGUUUUUUUACGCCAGCGGAUCUACAGGGAAUCGGUUCCUUUCAAGACGGUGGACUAAAGUAUAACUUUGCAGGGGAAAUUGCGCAUCAGGUCUCGCACCAAAUCUGGCCCACAGCCAUCGGGUCUACAAGAAUGCUGUCUCUGGGUACUGGAAAAGCGCAGUCGAGUAAUCAGACUCCGCAUUUCCGCCACAUUUUUCGCGACGGUUUUGUGCGCCGGGGUUUUGAUGCGUGGAUGUCUACCAUGGAGUCAGAUAACGAUUGGAGAAAGUGGCGGGGUCGUCUCAGUGAUUCGGUCAAAAAUGAUAGUCACCGCCUAGACGUGCCUCUAGGAAACACACCCCACACUAUUGACGCUGUCAAGACCAUGGAGGACUAUCGCAAUCUCGUUCUCCUCCAAGUCGGGAGUGCGCGAAUGGCCCAGGAUGCGGCAACUACACUACUCGUCUCUAGAUUAUUCUUUGUUGUCGGUUUAUUGCCAGAAAAUACCACAACUCCAUUUUGGUGUCGCGGGUCAGUGCGCUGCAAAGGACCGGCUCGAAAGGUGAUUUUGGCCUUGGAAAAUCUUUACCCCGAUGGGCUUAGCUAUGUCUCAGAUUGUGGAUUGAUCGACGAUUUCGGGGGUCUAGACAGUCUCUGCCCCUCAUGUGGAUGCUAUAACCGCUCCAUUUCUUUCUUAACCCGCCAUCUGGACUACACGGUGAAUAUAUAUAUACAAACCAAGUCUAAAAAGCGCUGGAGGAUUGGGGGUUUCCCUGAGAGUGUGGCAUCUUUUGUUUCAAGCCAAGGCCUGCUGUCUUCGUUUGGUCAUGAUAACCAUGGGUCUCCUUGCCGAGAACCUUGCCAGAGCUGUGAUGUGAUCCGAACCUCUGCCAGGGGUCGGAGACGCAAGCGCGAAUCGAGAGGCUCCGGGGAAAUUUAUCCUAGAAAACGCCCACUUGUGUAA